CCAUGGCUUCCACCGACCAGUCACCGGAUCCGACACCGGCGAAGGGAUCGCCAUUAGAACCAGUUCCGGGAGCACCGAUGUCUAUGACGCAGAAGGCGGUCGACACGGGGGCCGAUAUUAUGCAGUCGCUGAAACCGAUCAACCAGUUCAGCAUGCAUGUGUGCAGCUUCGCAAUUUUCAGCCACGAUAUGAGCCGCCAGAUCGAGACCCACCAUUUCUGCUCUCGCCUCUCCGAGGACUUCGUUCAAUGUGCCGUCUACGCCUCCAACGACCGCAGAGCCCCCCUCCUUGGUGUGGAGUACAUUGUUUCGGAUAAGAUAUUUGAAACUUUUCCACCGGAGGAGCAGAAGCUUUGGCAUUCUCAUGCCUACGAGAUAAAAUCUGGGAUAUGGGUGAACCCCAGAGUUCCUGAGAUGAUCGCCAAGCCAGAGCUUGAAAACUUGGCCAAAACAUAUGGCAAGUUCUGGUGCACCUGGCAAUUUGAUCGAGGGGACAAGCUGCCAAUGGGGGCUCCAGCACUGAUGAUGUCUCCACAAUCUGUAAGUCCUGGGAUUGUGAGACCAGAGCUGCGACACGAGAGGGAUUCCAAGUACGGCAUUUCUUCUGAGAGCCUCCAGAGCUCAAGGAUGGAGAUUGAAGAGCCUCAAAUGAUCAGUCCCAUGGCAGAUUACUGGAAGCAACAUGGCAAGGGAUUCGCCAUUGACUUUGAAGUGACCGAAAUGAAACGCACAGCUCCUUUUCCUUGA